AUGGGCCCCCGUACCGCCUCCUCAUGCUGCUGCCAGGCCCGUAAUCUGCCAUGGGCCCCCGUACCGCCUCCUCAUGCUGCUGCCAGGCCCGUAAUCUGUCAUGGGCCCCCGUACCGCCUCCUCAUGCUGCUGCCAGGUCCAGAGUGUCUCAUGGGUCCCUGUACGGCCUCCCAUUGCUGCUGUCUCCAUCGCCACACUCUGCCAUGUGCCACUUUCAGGUCUCCUCACACUGCUGGUGGGUUCCAUUUUGUCAUAGGGUGCUGUAUGGCCUCCCAUUGCUGCUGCCUCCACCGCCACACUGUGGCUCCACACUCUGGUUUUGGCCCCGUGACUGCCCAAAUGAGUGAAGUGUGCGGUGAUUCUAAGAUCGACGGCACUCAUCUGCAUGUCAUACUGACUGACAGUAUUAUUUCUCUUCCCCAGCAGACUCCAAGGGCAUUUAAAUUAAAGGUACAGUGUUCUGCACUAAUAUAA